GAGCACACCCACUUUCAAAAUUUCUUCCAAGUUUUGGAUACCUCGAAGUUACAUUUCUGGUUAUUCUAAUAAGUAUGGCGCCUUCUCCGGUGACAGUAAGUCUAAAAGAUUUGCAAAGUGGCAAUGUUUCCUUCUCAACACUCGAAGAGGCUUUUGGCCCCGAGUCUUUAGGUAUUAUACUCGUCAAAGAUGUUCCAGAGCCAUUCGUAGAGUUAAGACAUAGUCUACUCUCAUAUUCAUCUUAUCUUGGAAACUUGCCUGAAGCCAGACUAGAGAAAAUCGAAAACGCGGCUGCAAAAUAUCUUACCGGCUGGUCUCGUGGUAAAGAAACUCUAAAAAAUGGCCAAGUGGACACACUCAAAGGAUCAUACUAUGCGAAUUGUGCCUUCUACGUCGACCCAUCUUUAGCAUGUGCGAUUCCUACUCCUGACUUUUCACCCGAAAAUUUUCCCGAAUAUCUCAGUCCAAAUUUAUGGCCUGGAGAAAUCGUGUUGCCUGGCUUCAAGAGCACAUUUGAGAGAUUGUGUCGAAUUAUUAUUGACACCGGAGUACUGGUCGCUCGGGCUUGUGACAGAUAUGCAGAGAAGGAGAUUCCAGACUACAAACCUGGAUAUCUUGAGCACGUUGUAAAAACUUCGACAACCACUAAAGCACGAUUGCUACAUUAUUUUCCAGCAGAAGCCAAGGACUCUUCUGAUGCUCUAGACGAUGAUUGGUGUGCAACCCAUUUGGAUCAUGGCUGCUUAACUGGACUCACAUCAGCUAUGUUCAUUAACGAGACUCGCAAUCCACCCGUGAUUCCAGUAUCCUACUCAUACCGUCCAACUACCCUUAGCCCUCUUAAGGAGCUUCCUACAUCUCCGGACCCAACUGCGGGACUUUACAUUCAAUCUCGGAGUGGCGAGACUGUUCAAGUUAAAAUUCCCAAAGACUGCAUUGCUUUCCAAACGGGGGAGGCCCUCGAGAGAAUCACCAAAGGUAAAUUCAAGGCAGUUCCUCACUAUGUGAGAGGUGUACGACCAGGAGUUGCAGAUGGCGAGAAUGAAGGAGGAAGGAUUGCGAGAAAUACUAUUGCCGUCUUUACUCAACCCAACUUGGACGAGAUUGUAGACUCAGAGAUGGGGAUUACUUUUGGAGAGUUCGCGAGAGGGGUAGUUGCGAAAAAUACAACGAAGUGAGGUUAUUCUAACAAAUUAUUCACAAGUUCAUACAAAAUACCCAGUACAGCUUUGUUUUUAUCUAAAUAUAUUUCAUGAUGCUCAAUGUUUUAGCGAGGGGGUAUUGGGGGAAAUAUUGAGGUGGCGAAGCGCAUAACUUUCCAGUAUCUCAGCCCAAAGGCCCCCAUUUGCCCCCCCAAUUUAUUGUAUCGGAUUGGAAUUCUUCCGUCCGAGUGAAAAAAAAAGCAAUAACAUCCAAGGAUGGCGGCGGUACGGGGACAUUGGAAGGACGUUCCAAGACUAGGAUCUUUAUUUUAUUCUGGUGGCAAUAACCCCUA